GAAUUACUUUAAAAAAAAAAAGAAACAACAAAACCCCCUAUCAUCCCCAUUUUACUGACAACGACACUGAGAUCCGGAGAAGGGAAAAACGCUGUCAGAGUUCACACACAGUAAGGGUCUCAAGUUCCGGUCCCCCAACUCCCAUCCAUACUUUUCCACUACUCUUCAGUCCACAGAGCCCCUGCUUGCUUGGCCAGGAAACCCCGGGAAGCCGGCACUUCGCCUCAGGUUCCGGGAUUUCUGUAUGCCCCCUAGAGGCACCUGCAAACCGCUCGGCGUCGCGCCACCACACCUCCGGCCAGCAAGGGGCACUGCUGCCAUCUCGAUAGCCCAGACUGGCUCUCCUUUCGGUGCUCACUUUUCCUCGAGUCCCCGAGGCACUUCCGGUAGCCGCGGAACUUCAGUGCGGCCGGACGCACAGCGUGGGGACGCGGGCGCGCGAGGCGGCAGGAGUUGCUUCCGGCCGUGUCGGUGGUCUGAAUAGAGGUCCGGGGGCCCAGGGAAGAUGGAGACGAUUCUCGAGCAGCAACGGCGAUAUCACGAAGAGAAGGAACGGCUCAUGGACGUCAUGGCGAAAGAGAUGCUCACGAAGAAGUCCACGCUCCGGGACCAGAUCAAUUCGGACCACCGCACCCGGGCCAUGCAGGACAGGUAUAUGGAAGUCAGUGGGAACCUGAGGGAUUUGUAUGAUGAUAAGGAUGGGUUACGAAAGGAGGAGCUCAAUGCCAUUUCAGGACCCAAUGAAUUUGCUGAAUUCUAUAAUAGACUCAAGCAAAUAAAGGAAUUCCACCGGAAGCACCCAAAUGAGAUCUGUGUGCCAAUGUCAGUGGAAUUUGAGGAGCUACUAAAGGCUCGGGAGAAUCCAAGUGAAGAGGCACAAAAUUUGGUGGAGUUUACAGAUGAAGAGGGAUAUGGUCGUUACCUUGAUCUCCACGACUGUUACCUCAAAUAUAUUAACCUGAAGGCCUCAGAGAAGCUGGAUUAUAUCACAUACCUGUCCAUCUUUGACCAGUUAUUUGACAUUCCUAAAGAAAGGAAGAAUGCGGAGUACAAGAGAUACCUGGAGAUGCUGCUCGAGUACCUUCAGGAUUACACAGACAGAGUAAAGCCCCUCCAAGAUCAGAAUGAACUUUUUGGGAAGAUUCAGAAUGAGUUUGAGAAGAAGUGGGAGAAUGGUACCUUUCCUGGGUGGCCGAAAGAGACAAGCAGUGCCCUGACCCAUGCUGGAGCCCAUCUUGACCUCUCUGCGUUCUCCUCCUGGGAGGAGUUGGCCUCCCUGGGUCUGGACAGAUUGAAAUCUGCGCUCUUAGCUUUAGGCCUGAAGUGCGGCGGGACCCUAGAAGAGCGAGCCCAGAGGCUAUUCAGCACCAAAGGAAAGUCCCUGGAGUCACUUGACACCUCCCUGUUUGCCAAAAAUCCCAAGUCAAAGGGCACCAAGCGAGACACUGAGAGGAACAAAGACAUUGCCUUCCUAGAAGCCCAGAUCUACGAAUACGUAGAGAUUCUUGGGGAGCAGCGACAUCUCACUCAUGAAAAUGUACAGCGCAAGCAGGCAAGGACAGGAGAAGAGCGAGAAGAGGAGGAGGAAGAGCAGAUCAGUGAGAGUGAGAGUGAAGAUGAAGAGAACGAGAUCAUCUACAACCCCAAAAACCUGCCCCUUGGCUGGGAUGGCAAACCCAUUCCCUACUGGUUGUAUAAGCUUCAUGGCCUGAAUAUCAACUACAACUGUGAGAUUUGUGGAAACUACACCUACCGAGGUCCCAAGGCCUUCCAGCGGCACUUUGCUGAAUGGCGCCAUGCUCAUGGCAUGAGGUGUUUGGGCAUCCCAAACACUGCGCACUUUGCUAAUGUGACACAGAUUGAAGAUGCUGUCUCCUUGUGGGCUAAGCUGAAACUGCAGAAGGCAUCAGAACGAUGGCAGCCUGACACUGAGGAAGAGUAUGAAGACUCCAGUGGGAAUGUUGUGAAUAAGAAGACAUAUGAGGAUCUGAAAAGACAAGGACUGCUCUAGUGUUCAGGGAUGUAUCUCAGCUUUGGGGCUUGCCCAGGCUUCCCUAAGAUCUGCUUUUUCUAUUUCUCCCGACCAAAUGCUCCUAAAGACUCUUUGCUACUUAGUCUUCUGGUCUAGCCUGCAUCUUGUAGAAACAAGGCAUGCUGGCAGAUUGCAGGGUUGAGAUGUGUUUUAUCUUUGUUUUAUAUUAAAAAAGAUUCUGUCGGAAAAUAAAACCAGCCCUUGUUCUGAA